AUGCCCACCAUUGCGGCUUGUGCCAGGAUCCUCGUUAGCGGCGUAAAGAAGACUUCGCUGCAGGUAGUAACGAACCGUACAUCACUGCAGCGGGGAAAAAGUAGAGGUAUCGAUGGCGGACACAGUACACUAGGUACCGUGACUCUGAACACCCGCUGCGUCAAGGACUCCCUCCACCUUUCUUCUUCAUCUGCUUUCCGCUCUUCACUUCUCUUUUCAUUGGAGUCGUCUGCGUUUGCUUUGCCGUGUGUGGUGCACAUCUCCAGAGGGUUUCAUUCCUGCCUUACUCGCACCAAACGUCCUCUUGGCUUUCGGCUUUCGAUUAUUUCUCUCGUGCCUUGCGGUUGUUUUCCUGUACCGCCAGCAACCCCCAAAGUCGUCAUUAGCGUCGUGACAAGGUCCGUAUUCCAUUAUCCUCCUACUGGUGCCCGUCGACGCCAUGCUGAACUGGCGGCUCCCAUAGCAAUUGGUCCUGUCCCUUCCUCCAGUUGGAAAAAAACACGCAAGGACACUGCUCAGCUUCCAGUGCUGUUAAAGAGUAAAUACGAGUACCCCCUUCAGAGGUCCGAGGGUCCCCGAAUUGCACUUCCUUCUCCGUCCUCCGGCGUCAUCCCGAGCCCCGAUCUCCCAGACUUCGUUACGCUGCCCACACAGCGCGCUGCAACGCUGAUUCGAUAA